UAAAAAAGAAGGUUGGGCCUUUUAUGGAGUUACCUUAGUUGACUUUACCCGAAGUGCGAGCAAGACGCUCAUGGUUGCCUUGCCCAUAACCAACCAAAUUUAGCCCAAGUCAGCUACAAAGGAAAGCAAAUGGGGCCUCUCAGUGAUAACGACUAACGAUUCAAAGCGGCAGGAGCGAGCGAGGGAAGGGAAGGGAAGGGAAGGGAAGGGAAGGAAAAGGAGGGAAAGAGAGAGAUCUUCUUCUGCAAACUUUGGGGUUUUGGUUGGGAUUGGUCAGGUCAGGUCAGGUCAGGUCAGGAAGAGAAAGAGAAAGAGGAAGAGACAGUGUGUGCGAGAGCUUUAUUAAGAGAGGAUCUUUGUGAGAUCUUUUGUUUUGAGUGUAUUAGGGAUUUCAACGAUUUUCGUUUCUCAGCUCGAGUGCUUCGAUUUUCUCUAUGGACCGGAAGCUUGUGGUUUUGGGAAUCCCGUGGGAAGUGGAUACUGAAGGUUUGAGGGAAUAUAUGAGUAAUUAUGGUGAUUUGGAGGAUUGCAUUGUCAUGAAGGAGCGAUCCUCAGGCCGAUCUCGUGGCUUUGGUUAUGUAACAUUUGCAUCGGCUAAUGAUGCUAAGAGUGUGCUAUCAAGAGAGCAUAUUCUUGGGGAGAGAUUGCUGGAAGUUAAAAUAGCUACUCCAAAGGAGGAGAUGAAAUCACCUGUGAAGAAAGUAACCAGGAUAUUUGUGGCCAGAAUUCCACUAUCAGUGGAUGAAUCAACCUUUCAGAGACAUUUUGAGGAGUAUGGUGAGAUAACUGAUUUAUAUAUGCCAAAGGAUCAAGUCUCAAAAGCGCACCGUGGAUUUGGCUUUAUCACUUUUGCUAGCGCAGGUUCUGUGGAGAAUCUGAUGGCUGAUACACAUGAACUAGGAGGUGCUACUGUAGUAGUUGAUCGAGCAACACCCAAGGCAAAUGAUUUCAAGCCUAUAAAUAGAAUGUCACAGGGGGGAUAUGGUGCAUAUAAUGCUUACAUUUCUGCUGCAACUAGAUAUGCUGCAGUUGGUGCUCCUACCUUGUAUGACCAUCCUGGCCCAGUGUACGGAAGAGGGGAGUCUAGUCGAGGGAUGGGAAAAAAGAUAUUUGUUGGCAGGCUCCCUCAGGAGGCUAAUGUUGAUGAUCUACGCCACUAUUUUGGUAGAUUUGGUCGUAUACUAGACGUUUACGUUCCUAAGGACCCCAAGAGAUCUGGCCACAGAGGUUUUGGUUUUGUAACAUUUGCUGAAGAUGGAGUUGCGGACAGAGUAUCUCAUAGGUCUCAUGAGAUUUGUGGACAACAGGUGGCAAUAGAUUCAGCAACACCUGUUGAUGAUGUUGGCCCUAGUUUCAUGAUGAAUCCUGUUGGACCAUUUAGAGGUUUUGGUGGUCCAAUGCGCUCCUAUGGUAGGAUGUACGGAGGCAUGCUUUUUGAUGAUCAGUGGAGUUACGCAAUGGGGGGUGCAAGGCCGUCGAGAGCAGAUUGGCGGUACCGGCCAUACUAAAGUAGCCUUGGAAUUGGCGUGAAGAUCUUCUUGGGAUGUCAACUUUGAACAAUCUAGAUCAUUACCCUGAUAUCAUUAUCAAUAUCUUGUAUUCUGAUUAUAAAUCAUGUCGUAUCAGCCAUACAUUUCAUUGUGUAGAGAAAUAUUCAAGCUGAAGUAUCUAAUUAAUGAAUUUUAACAUUGUGGUA